UCAGAAGACUUUGAUUACUGUCCAGAGUGUGAACUAAAUGGUAGGCGUUAUGUGGCUCAGGAAAAUAAAUGUUCCGAAUGUAGUGAUGGCUCCGGAAUAAUCAAAUUCCCCCAGCAACCCCCGCGGAAUUGUAAACUGUGCUACUUAACCCCAAGAAACGAAGUUGCUAGAAGCUCAAACGAAGUUGUUCAGCAGCAAGUUUUGGCAGACUUAGCCCAAGAACUAACCCGCCAAUUACAAGCCCAACUAACUCAAAAAGACACCGAGUUAGCCAAUCUAAAAAAGACCAGUGAGGAGCAAGAAAAAUUACUAACUAAAUUAGAAAUAGAAAAAAAGGCUCUCCAAGCCCAAUUAGAGCAAACUCAAACCAUUAACACUGCUUACCAAAACCAACUAAAAGCCCAAGAAACGGAAUUGCAGCAAUUAGAACAAACCAAAACCCAAGAACUAACCAAUUUUAAGCAAUUAGUUAAGGGGAAGUUAGCCCUUAUUAAAGAGAGUAAUCAGAAAAUCUUAAAAACAAUAAAAUUGACUUAUAAUUAG